AUGACAUGCUUUAUUACUAGAGCUAUCCACGUAGAAGUGCUAGAUAACACGUCCACGGCCGAAAUAGCUCUGGCCCUAAGACGAUUCUGGAGACAAAAACAAAAUGAACUUCCUAUGCUCGCUAGGAUUGCAGCUGGACUUCUAGUCACUCCUGCUACUUCGGUAGAUUGUGAGAGAUUGUUUGGCUCCGCUGGAAUGUUGUAUGGAAACAAGAGAAGACAGAGAUUAACGGGUCGAAACGCGAAAAAUCUACUUAUGGUAGCAACAUAUAAGAGAGAGGAGAUUGACUACUCUAGAUCAUGGAGCGAUCGUUAUUCUACACAGUUGUUCGAUUUUGAUGAUGAAGAUGACUUAGGUUUCGACUACGACGAAGACGAUGAAGAUGAUGAAGAUGAUGUAGAAUUGUUGUUAAGUGAUUCUGAGGCUUAA